AUGUCCGAAAAUGCUUCUGCUAUCAACACUCAACAGCAAUCAUCUAGCUGCAAGACUCCUGAUGAGAUGCUGGCAAAGUUCUUGACUGUGGACAGUCUCAAUGAUAUCAUCCUCAAGGGCAAUGAUGGAGUGGAGGUUCCAGCCAACCGCUUUUUGCUGGCAGCCAGAUCUGAUGUCUUCAUGGGUAUGCUGCUGGGAAAGUUCCAGGAAUCAUCAUCAGCUGUAAUUGAGCUUGGAUUUCCAGGAAAUGUCCUCAAGGGGGUGGUAGAGUUUGUGCUCACAAAUACAGCACAAGUUCUUCAUGUCAAAACAGAUGCAGAAGAUAUAAGUCCCCAAAAGAUUCGAUCAUUGGUGUCAUUGGCAGAGGCAGCUUCCUAUUUUGACCUUGCUGGCCUUGGAGAAAUGGUCUUUGAAUCUUUUGAAAAGCAUAACAAGGCAGACCCAUGCGCAUCAUUUGCAAUCUUGCAAGCAUGCAGAAUAUCUGGCAACUCAAUUCCAAAGAUGCUGGUUGAAAAGGCAAAAGAGUGGGUACAAACAACCCAAACUAAAUCUGUAUCUGCCAACCAUGUGGCUGGUUUGAGCACAAAUGUCAUGGAAGAAAUACUGUUGGAUCCAGACAUGCUCAUGACGGAAUUCGAAUUGUUUCAGAUCUUAUCCCUUUGGGUAGAAAGCAACCCCAGUCAGAGAAAGGAAGCAGCAGCUGGCCUCUCCAAGUGUAUCUCCUUUGAAAAGAUAAGCAUUGAAAAUUUGACAACAACAGUGGCAUCAUCGGGGAACCCAUGCAAAGCCAAGAAGGGAACCCUGGGUUUCCCAGAAACCUGA